ACUAACCAUAUCUCUUUACACAGCUGCCGGGCGGGAUUUCCGCAAUAGCUAAUAACAUGGCGAAGACUUACGAUUACUUGUUCAAAUUACUGUUAAUCGGCGAUUCUGGCGUCGGAAAGACUUGUGUGUUGUUCAGAUUUUCAGAAGAUGCGUUUAACUCAACGUUUAUCUCGACAAUAGGUAUUGAUUUCAAAAUUAGAACAAUAGAACUAGACGGGAAGAAGAUCAAGCUACAGAUAUGGGACACAGCUGGCCAGGAGCGGUUUCGAACAAUCACAACGGCAUAUUACAGAGGAGCCAUGGGCAUCAUGUUAGUCUUCGACAUCACCAACGAGAAGUCAUUUGAAAACAUCAAGAACUGGAUAAGGAAUAUAGAGGAGCAUGCCUCUGCAGAUGUCGAGAAGAUGGUGCUGGGCAACAAGUGUGACGUCAAUGACAAGCGACAGGUGUCCAAAGACAGAGGGGAGAAGUUAGCGUUGGAGUACGGUAUUAAGUUUAUGGAGACCAGUGCAAAGGCCAACAUCAACGUGGAGAAUGCAUUUAUGACCCUUGCCAGAGACAUCAAGGCGAAAAUGGACAAGAAACUGGAGGGCAACAGUCCUCAGGGCAGCAGUCAGGGGGUGAAGAUCACAGAGCAGCCCAAGAAGAGCAGUUUCUUCCGCUGCACCCUCCUGUGAGGACCACGGCCUUCUCAUUGUCCACAGCUGGACAGAACUGGACUGAGCUUGCUCAGAGCUCUCCUCUCUUUAGCCCUGUUCUCAUCCCUUUCUCAUUCCCCAUAUCCCAGGCCUCUGGGUUUUGAGCUUUUUUUUCUGAUUCACCAUGUGUCCCCCAGUUUAAAAACGGAUGUAUUCAUUGGUCAGGCGGAUCAAUCAGUUGCUCAAUCAGGGUUGUUAGAUGGAGAUCUCUAUACCGGGCACUCCUCAUGCUCUUAUAUCGUUUCUCAUAAUUACACUUAGGCUUCUGCUCCUCCUCUCUUUGUCUUAUGCAACUGGUAUUGUUACAGGUACUUCAUGUUGCUAUGUGGUUGCACUGCUGCCAAAGUUGAUGCUUAGUGAGUUUUUUUCUUUUCUUCUCAACAUGAAUUAACCUUAAAAGCAGUGGCUUAUUUCCAUGAUAAGACUAGUUAACCAUCAUAUACAUCUGACGUCUUCUGUCAGAGUUGCCUUCUAUGUCAUCUAGCUACUACUAUGGAGAUCUAUGCGUCCCUGUUUUUUCCUUUCUCAAAUGAUAGUGAUUCUCUCUUCUACCUUGACAUUACUCAUUUGCCAUCCAAGAAAGGACACUUAUGUUCUUAAGAUAAUACCUAGAAAAAUUCUGAAGUCUUACCAUGUUAAUAGUGAAGACGUGUGAGGUGAGGACAGUGGGAAGGUAGGCCCCUAAAUGGCAGGCAAUCCAAGAAAUAAGAUGAGUAGGUGGCCAGUACGUUGUAAUAAACUUUUCUGAUCUGUUAACAGAAAAUAUACAUAUUGGAGCAGAUCGGCAUUGUACUUGAGGAUGCACAACUGCAAUGCAUUUUGACGCUGACUGUAGAGAAGUCAAAACGCGUUGCAGUUGUGUCUCCUCAUGUACAUUGCCGAUCUGCUCCAAUAUGUAUAUAUUUCUGUUAACAGUUCACUGAAAUGUAUUGCAACGUACUGGCUGCCUAAUCAUGAUUUUUUUUUUUUCAAUAGUGGACAUUCCAUCUUAGACAUACCUAAAAAAUAAAAUAAAAAGAACUGUGUUCAUCAUUUUACAUGUA